AAACCGACCGCGUAUAAAUCCCUUCUCCACCCCAAUACCUGCCUUCUCUCGCAGCCGCCGCCGCUCCCAGCCCGUGCUCCUCCCCUCCCCACCUGCCGCCACCUUCCGCCGCGGAGAGCCCCCAAGCCCUUUCGUCAACAUGGGGAAGACACGUGGUAUGGGAGCUGGGCGGAAGCUCAAGACCCACCGCAGGAACCAGAGGUGGGCCGACAAGGCUUACAAGAAGAGCCACUUGGGCAAUGAGUGGAAGAAACCGUUCGCAGGGUCAUCUCAUGCCAAGGGCAUCGUGCUGGAGAAGAUUGGUAUUGAGGCCAAGCAGCCAAACUCCGCUAUCCGUAAGUGUGCUCGUGUUCAGCUUGUGAAGAAUGGCAAGAAGAUUGCUGCCUUCGUGCCAAAUGAUGGUUGCUUGAACUACAUCGAGGAAAAUGAUGAGGUGUUGAUUGCUGGAUUCGGUCGUAAGGGUCAUGCUGUGGGAGAUAUUCCUGGUGUCCGGUUCAAGGUCGUCAAGGUCUCUGGUGUGUCUCUGCUUGCCCUUUUCAAGGAGAAGAAGGAGAAGCCAAGGUCUUAGAUUGUUCUUGUGUCUAAAGCGGCAAGCAUUGAGUAGACAGUUUGAAGGCUUUGGAUCUUUAAGAAGAAUGGUUCCUUGCUAUGUUUACAGCGCACUCUUGAAAAUUGUUAACUUAAGGUUGUGUUGGUGAAAACAAUUUAUUGUCAGACCAUGCUUCUGUGAAGAGAAUAGUACUGUCAAUGAGUUUUGUUCGCUCA